UACACCCAUUGCUGUGGACUUCUGGAGCCUUCGCCGGGCUGGGGCCGCACGGAUCUUCUUCCUAUCGCACAUGCACUCGGACCACACGGUGGGCCUGUCUAGCACUUGGGCCCGGCCCCUCUACUGCUCCCCAAUCACUGCCCACCUCUUGCAUCGUCAACUACAGGGUUGGUGUCUGCGGCCAUUGGGAUAACCAGCUGUUUUCCCAGGUGUCUAAGCGGUGGAUCAGAGUGCUGGAAGUUGGUGAGAGCCAUGUGUUACCUCUAGAUGAAACUGGAAGAGAGACUAUGACUGUAACCCUCAUGGAUGCCAAUCACUGCCCUGGUUCUGUGAUGUUUCUCUUUGAAGGGUACUUUGGAACGAUUCUUUACACAGGCGAUUUUCGAUAUACACCAUCCAUGCUGAAGUAUCCAGCCCUGGCACUAGGGAAGCAGAUCCAUACUUUAUAUUUAGACAAUACCAAUUGCAACCCAGCCCUGGUUCUUCCUUCCCGACAAGAAGCUGCCCACCAAAUUAUCCAGCUCAUUCGAAGGCACCCACAACAUAACAUAAAAAUAGGGCUCUAUAGCCUGGGAAAGGAGUCAUUGCUGGAACAGCUGGCCCUGGAGUUUCAGACCUGGGUAGUAUUGAGUCCUCAGCGCCUGGAGUUGGUACAGCUGCUGGGCCUGGCAGAUGUGUUCACAGUGGAAGAGAAGGCUGGUCGUAUCCAUGCUGUGGAACACAUGGAGAUUUGCCGUUCUGCCAUGCUGCGGUGGAACCAGACCCACCCUACGAUUGCCAUCCUUCCCACAAGCCGGCAAAUGCACAGAUCGCACCCUGACAUCCACAUCAUCCCUUACUCUGACCAUUCCUCCUACACUGAGCUCUGCGCCUUUGUUGCUGCACUGAAACCUUGCCAGGUGGUACCCAUCGUCAGUCGACAGCCUUGCCAGAACUACUUUCAAAACAGCCUGAGCCCGAUGCUCUCCAUUCCCCUAAUUCCAGACUCAGUACAGCAGUACAUGAGCACCUCCCCUAAAAAACCAGCAUUUCUCUGGCUGUUAGAAAAGAGGAUAAGGAGGCCAAAAAUCCAAGGUGUUGUGUUUGAAUCUCCUCAGGAAAAUGCUGGUAAGUCUCAAGCUGACAGAGACACAAAGAAGACCAAGAAAGAAAACCUUUCUCCUUGUCCUAGAAACCUUGAAAAGCAGCUGUCCUCCCAUCAUUUGAGGGUCAAGAAGCAAUUGUUCCCAGAUCUGUGCAACAAAGAAUGGGAUGAGGAAGUCCCUUUCUGUGAGUCCCAGAAGAUGGUGACUGUGUUAACUUCCCCAUUGGGAUUUUCGGAUGAGGUUUUUCCAGAAACCAGGGAGGAACUAGGCUUAGGGCACCCCUUGGUAACUAGGGGAGACAGUAAUGACCCAGUGCCCACAGGGAACCAAAGUGCCUGGACAGAUCAUGAUUCUUCCCUGUUUCCUAGAGGCAGUGCUGCUGCUUUUAUCACUACUAAGUCCAGAAACCUGGCACUAAAGUACCUUCUGACUCCAGUGAACUUCUUCCAGGCAGGGUUUUCUUCCAGGAACUUUGACCAGCAAGUGGAAAAAUACCAUAAACCCAUAGUGAAGUACAGGCAGGAGACUACAGAAUGACAACCUUGUUUGUUACAGCGCCGUAGUUUUGAAGAUAGUGGCUGAUGACUAUUAAGACUUUCUUUUUAGUACUGGUAUUGAACCAGGGGCAGUCUACCAGAGUUAUAUCUCUAGUCCUUUUAUAUUUUGAGACAGGGUCUCACAAAAUUGCCCAAGAAGGACUUGAACUUGUGACCCUCCUGCCUCACCCUCCUUAAAUGCUAGGAUUACAAGUGAAGCCCUGUUGUGGCGCUUGACUGGAUCCAGUGGGCUUACCCUUGAGCAGUGCUUCUCAAAGCUUGUGCACUGGAGUCCUGGUACAGUUAACUGUGUUUAAAAUAUACUUUUAUUCUAAACUCUUCAGAAUGUGCAUGAGCACACUACAGGUUCUUAGAAAUCCUCAGUAACAUAACCUGUUUGACUUUAUUUAACCUGGUAUUUCUCAAACUUUUGUGAACCUAUAAUCCUUUUACAUAAAGAGUAAAUAAAAAAGAACCAGGUUAUUUCCAUUGUUACUUUGCGUGUCAUGUGCCAUUCCCCGUCUCCUCUUCCCAGAUAAAACUCACUAAAUACUUCUUUAAUCUUUUUUUUGAGAAAAUAUCUCUAUGUAGUACAAGCUAGACUUGAACUCACUAUGUAGGCCAGGCAGGCCUCAGACUCACGGUGACCCUCUUGCCUCAGUUUCCCAAUUGUUUAGGAUUAUAGGCCUACAUCACCAUGCCUAGCUUAGUUUUUAAAUUAUAAACUGUGGUGGUGGAAUGAAUUGGUGGCAUGUUCCAGUCUUAUCACUGACUUACUGUGAUCCCAUUCAAGUAACUUCCUGUCUCUGUCUCUGAGAAGAAACAGGAACUGAGUGAAGAGGACUUAGUGGUGAAAAAUUCUACCUCUUGUCUCCUUCAUGAGGAAUACAGUUAGUAUCACUGGGGACCCUUCUGGAACAGAGUCAGCUUGGGGACUGGGCAACCCUCACCAAGGCAGUACUGGGAACCCAGAUGAACAUUAAAGCUUAGGGUGUGCCAAGGCUCCUGGCUGCUGAGAGGCACUAUUUGACUGAAAUAAAGUUAGUGCAGAUCAAAUGUGAUGCCAGAUACUCUUCUGAUUGUUCACAUAGCUGGCAUAUUUUUACCACCCCCCCCACCAUUGGUUUGAGUAGGGAGCCAGAGCAUACAGCCUGUUUUAGUAUCUAGGGAAGAUACUGGGGAGCCAGCUGGCUGGAAGGGGUGGGGGUGUACAGUUCUGCCCUGUCCUGCUCAAAACCUGACAAAAUGCCAAACCAAGAAGCUGGACAGCUGAUAUGUGGCCAUGAGGAAAUGGGCUCUGAGAGGGCAGUCAUGUGGAGCAAAACUGCAUCAGUAUGGAACCUUGAGUCUUAGCCAUGAAGAAGGCUGUUUCUUACCCUAGUACAAAAAGUUUGCUACUUUUGGAGAGGAAAAUAAAGAAUUUAGAAAGGAAAAUAAAGCCUUGCUCUUGGCCAGCCUGCACACAACUCUUUCAUUGGUGAUCAGCACUGUAAGCCUCCCAAAAGCCCAGCAGGAGCUGCAGCAGCUAAGGCACAUGGUGCAGCAGGAAGCCUGCUGGUUUCCUGGGCUUGAAUCCAGGCACCCUGGGCAAGUUGGUUAAAUAGGGGCCUCAGUUCCUCAACUACCUCACAAUUGCUGUGGGGAUUAAAUGGUAAAUUCUAGCUCGGAAUCUGCCACCUUAGGGGUAUUUCAAAUGUUCUUGGGACUAGGAGCAUAGCUCAGUGGUAGAAGACAUGUAAGUCUAGCAUCAUAAGGCCUUGAGUUCAAUAUUAAUCUCUACCCAAAAAAAGGUUCUCUAACUCUUCAAAAGAUUAUUCUAUAUGUAAAAUGAGAAACUGGAAAUCAUGUUAAAAAUACAAAGAAAAAAAUAAAUUCUAGUUCUUCCAUAAAGAUUUGGUACCACAGCUAAUUUCAUGCAUGUAAAUGUGUUAAAUAUAUAUUUUUUCCAAACUGGUUGCUGGGUAUGGUGGUGACACCAGUAAUCUUAGCACUUGGGAGGCUGAAACAGGAGGAUCACUGAGUUUAAGGCCAGCCUAGGCUACAAUGGUGACUUCAAGGCCAGCCUGAAUUACAGAAUAAGACCCUCUCACAACCACCAAAAAAACCCCAAACAAGCAAACAAACAAAAAGACCAAUAACCUAGGGAUAAUAUAAAAAUAACUUUAAAUUGUGCAUUUUAUUUUUUAAGCAUUUCACUAUACGAUUAAAUAUCUAGAAAUGUCACUUUAAAUAGUUGUCUGAUAAUGUGGUUGCCAUGUUUGCCAACAUUUUGUGUACUAUUUAAAACUAUGCAUAUUACAAUGAACAUUCUUAAGCAUAUAUUUUGGCAUUUUUGAUUAUGUACUUAGAGAAAAUUAUUGGAAGUAGGAUUAUGAUUUAAAGUUGUUGGUGUGGCUAGGAUUGCAGCUCUACAGCAGAAUACUCACCUAGUCCAACUAGAGCCUAGGUUUAAUUCCCAAGAAGUGCCCAAAAAUAAAGUUGUUGGUUCAAAUUA